AUGAUUCCACAACCACCAGCUAAUGGAAGAAAACUUUGGAGAGUUCCAAGGAAGCCAUUGAGCACUUCCAACCCUGUUCACAAUUCUUCCAGAGAAUGUCUUGAAAACUCACUUAAGAUUGUCGCUGCAGGCAAGGCUUAUCUGACUAAGAGACCACCUUUGAGAAGACCAAAGAACCAACCAGGAAAGCCAAAAGACUUUGUUUUCGUUGAUCUUUCUCCAGUUAGAUCUGACGAAGAAGUUGCUAGCAAGAAGCAGAAAGUUUCUACUUCUACCUCUUCAGUUACUGCUAAGAGCUACCCAGCUAAUGUAUCUCCAAUUUCAGAAGCUUCAAAUGAUACCUUUUCGAUCUCUUCAGAUGAAGAGUCCAUGUUUUCAUUAUAUGAUUCUAGCAUGAACAACGCCAAUAAUGAUUUCAAUAACUUUAUUAAUCAACAACAGCCUGUGACUAUUAAUACUAGCACUAUGCCUCUUUUCACAAUGCCUGAAGCUGGUCUUGGCCUUUCUAUGGAUGACUUUCAAUUCGAUAUGUCUUCUUUCAAUUCACAGUUCAAUGCUUACCCAUACCCACAACAAGCACAACAGCAAGACUCCAUUAAGACACCUUACAUGUCUACUGCUCCAGUGAUGGCUACUCCUGAAAGAAGAAGAGCCGCCUCUACUUCUUUUGAGUACAAAACUCCAUCUCCAAAGAAGCCUACCUUAAAUCACAGACACACCAUAACUGAGAUUACUCCAAAUACCCAAGGCUUGGAAGCAUUCAUGAUGUUUAAUGAUCAAAUGCCAAUUCCUUACAACAACCACAAGGAAAUAAUACCCGAGUUUACUCACACAACUGUUCCAAGAACAGUUGCUGCUGCUGCUGACGCAUUUGACAUGAACGUCAACAACCAGUACUCCCCUAUCACUGAUGAUUCUGAAGUCGAAGACUUUCAGAACACUAAGUUAGGAAAGGCAAUCGAAUUCUCAAGUUACGAUAACAGUAUGUUACAGAAGCAACAAACUUUCGAUUUAAGUGCCUUUGUUGCCUUUUAA